GGGAGGCGGUGGCCGCCACGGAGCAAGCGAGAAGCGGCGGCGAGCGCGGUGGGGGCGGCCGGCCGGGGACCCGGCAGCACCGGGCGGCACCGAGCGGGUCGGAGCGGGCUGGCCGCCAGCGCGGUCACGUGUGUGACCCCUCCUCUCGCGCCUGCCUCCCCCGCGCGCCGAGCUCUCCAUUCAUAAAUUCUCCGCCUGCUCCGCGGCUACCGGGCGCCGGAGCCCGCCGGGAGCGCCGUGCAGCAGCCCGCCCGCCGCCCAUGGGCCGCGCGCCCCGGCGCUGAGGCCCCUCCUCCUAGCCUCAGAAUGCAGCCCACGGCCACCAUGGCCACGGCCGCCACCACCUCCACCACGGUCGCCCUGACCACGACGUGGGACAACGCCACGGGCCGCCCCACCGGGGAGCCCGACCCUGUCCUGGACAACUACAUGCUGCUGGUGGUGGUGAUGGCGCUCUUCAUUGGGGGCACGCUCGUGGUGCUGUCGGGCGCGCUGCUGCUCUGCAGGCGCUGCUGGGAAGUCCACAGGCGCGUCCACAGGUGCGCGGGGCCCCCAGCCCCACGCCCCGCCCCGCCCCGCAGGGGAGCUGGGACAGAGCCACAGAGGAAGCAGAGAAGACCACCACCAGCUACCUGGACAACGGCGCCCGCCCUGCCCAAGACUGGGCGCAGCUCGAGUCCGACUCAUCUCUGUUUCCUUAAGCCCACGCACCCCGAGUUCAGGGGGGAGGAGCCCGAGGGCCAGGACGCCGAGACCGAGCGCUUCCUGUCCACCAGCUCCACCGGCCGCCGGGUGUCCUUCAACGAGGCGGCCUUGUUUGAGCAGAGCCGGAAGGCGCAGGACAAGGGCCGCCGGUACACCCUGACCGAGGGGGACUUCCACCACCUGAAGAACGCCCGCCUCACCCACCUGCACCUGCCGCCCCUCAAGAUCGUCACCAUCCACGAGUGUGACUCAGGCGAGGCCAGUGCAACCGCCACACCCCACCCCACGGCUGCCCCCAAGGCCAGCCUUGCCAUAUUCCAGCCCCCGGGGAAGGCCCUCACCGGCCGCUCUGUGGGCCCCAGCUCCGCCCUGCCAGGUGACCCCUACAACUCGGCCGUGGGCCCUGCCGACUUCGAGAUCAGCCCCUCGGCUUCCAGUGACUCCGGGGAAGGCACCUCGUUGGACGCGGGGGCCAGGAGUGCCAAGCCUGGUGGGCCGGGGGCCGCAGCAGGGCCUGGGGAGGCGGGCCCAGCCUCUGGGGCAGGCCCCGUCCUGCAGUUCUUCACCCGCCUGAGGCGCCACGCCAGCCUAGACGGGGCCAGCCCCUACUUCAAGGUCAAGAAAUGGAAGCUGGAGCCCAGCCAGCGGGCAUCCAGUCUGGACACAAGAGGCUCCCCCAAGCGACACCACUUCCAGCGGCAGCGGGCAGCCAGCGAGAGCAUGGAGCACGAGGAGGGGGACGCCCCCCACGUGGACUUCAUCCAGUACAUCGCCAGCGCUGGCGACACUGUGGCCUUCCCGAGCCCCCGCCCCUUUCUGGCCAGCCCCACCAGCCCCGCCAGCCCGCCCCCCACUCUCGGCAGGCUAGAGGCAGCCGAGGAGGUGGGCGCCGCAGGAGGAGCGAGCCCCGAGUUCCCCCCGGAGUGCGGCGUCAGCGCGGGGCCUGAGCAGCAGCAAGACUCAGAUGGUGAGCGAGACGUGGGGCCAGAGCAGGCCCAAACCAUCUACCGCGACAUCUGGAGCCUGCGCGCCUCGCUCGAGCUGCACGCGGCCACCGCCUCAGACCACAGCAGCAGCGGCAACGACCGCGACUCGGUGCGCAGCGGCGACAGCUCGGGCUCCGGGGGCGCCGCACCCGCCUUCCCGCCACCCUCGCCGCCGCCCACACCGCGGACGGCGGACGGCGAGGCGGGCGGGCCGCGCAAGCUGCUGCAGAUGGACAGCGGCUAUGCCAGCAUCGAGGGCCGCGGCGCGGGCGACGACGGGCCCCCCAGCGCGCCCGAGAAGCAAUCCUCCUUCACGAGCUCGGGCCGCGAGGCCACAGUGGGCUGCAGCUUCGAGGGUCCCGUGCCUGAAGCACCCGCCCGGCCUGGCAGCCCGCGCGCUUGGCCUCGCCGUGCCCCGCGCCGCGACUACAGCAUCGAUGAGAAGACAGACGCGCUGUUCCACGAGUUCCUGCGCCACGACCCGCACUUCGACGACGCCCCGCCCGCCGCAGCGCGCCACCGAGCGCGCGCGCACCCGCACCCCCACGCGCGCAAGCAGUGGCAGCAGCGCGGCCGGCAGCACAGCGACCCAGGCGCGCGUGCCGCACCCUCCGCCCCACCCGCAGCCCAGCCCGGCGCCCCCCGCCCCGCGCGCGCGCCCCUGCGCCGCGGAGACAGCGUCGACUGCCCACCCGACGGCCGCGCGGGCGACGACCCGGCCGCGCCUCCCAUCCCCGUCAUCGAGGAGGAGCCCGGCGGCGGCUGCCCUGGCUCCGGCCUGUGCGCCGGGCCCCCGGGCGCGCUGCUGGACAAGCUGGCGGCCAGCCUCGACGACAGGCUCUUCCCGCCGCGCCUGGCCCAGCCCAUCGCCGCGGCCCCUGCGCUGGCCGCGGCCGCACCCACGUCCCCCGACCACAGCCCGGUCUAAGCCUGCGCCCCGCGCCCACCUCGUCAGCUUAUUCGGCACCGGCGGGGCCUCGGCGGCGGACACACCUGGGGCGCGACGCCCUGGCGCGCCUGCGCUGGGACCGCGGGCCUCAAGCACGCGCGCAGUGCCACUGGCACCCUGCACCAGCCCAAAGUGCGCACGCACACAGUCCCCUCCGGGCACUUCAUUGGGUCGACUAAAGGGAGUGUGGCGGAUUCUCAUCUUCGGGGUUCCGAGGGCCACAUUCAACUUCCCUUGGCCCCAGACAGCGGCCUCGGUCUAGUGACCGUGGGCGCCGUGCCGCGCCUCCGGCACGACGCAACGGGAAGCGCAUGCGUAGGGCUUGCAUCCUGGAGGGGCAAUGCGCGCCGACUGUGCGAGACGCAUGCGCAGAGCGCCCCUCCCAACACCAAUCGAGCCUAGAGACGCGUCCGGUUCGCACGCGCCGGAGAUAGCGCUAAGGCGCACGCGCAGGGACCAAGGGGCGCCGAGGCUCCGCGAAGAGAGGGCGCGCGGGCCCGGGCUGUGAGGUGAGCUCGAGGCCGUGGCCUCCAAGCCCCCGAAGCCGUUUACCUCACCGCAGCGAAUGCUCGCGGCAGUCCGCGCCCCCUCCGAGCAAUAACCGUACCUGCCGCCGCCGCCCCCAGCCCUGUACACGCCCCCCGGUCCCCUCCCUCCCAGUGUCUGCACCCUGAACCCGCCCUCCGCAUGUUGAACGGGCCGCACUUCCCGUAACCACACCGUCCAAAGAGCAGCCAGGACUCACCAGUGUUUGAGACACAAAACCCAAACGGUCCAAGUUUCAAGUUUCCCAAGCUUUAUUUAUUGCCAAAAGAUGGGGCAGCCCUCGCCAGAGGCUGAGUCGCCCUGCCCCGCCCCUCGAAGCUUCGUGCUGUCUGUGUACCAUCCAGUGAUGGAGUUUGUGUUGUUUUCUGAUUGAUUAUAUUU